AUGCCGACCGCAGGAGACUCCAUCGUGUCCUUCCGAAGCGCGACUCUCGAAGGCUCGCUGUUCCUCUCGUUCGCGUACGAGUUGUACGGCUCCUCAGCGGACGCCAAGAACAAGUUGACGCACAUGCCCAUCAUCGACUGGCUCAAGACCAUCAUGACCGAGGCGUCGGCGGAUCCGGCGCUCGACCCGGCCAUGCUGGCCAUCUCUGUCCGAAUGUGUGCGUUGCGCGGGGGUGAUGUGCGGAUGCUGUCCAAGGCAAACCAGUUGUACACAACCGCUCUAGGGGCACUGCAGAAUAGCCUCAGUGGCAAGGAGAGUGCGAUGCGCGAUGAAACACUGGCUGCGACAUGUAUCAUGGCGCUCUAUGAGCUGACCGAUCCGGAACGAGCGGACCCAGACGCCUGGCUAAGUCACAUCGGGGGAAUAGCGAUCUUGUUGAAAGCUCGAGGCCCAUCUAGACACCGCUUGCCGCUUGCCCGAGCAUCUUUCGAGCAUUGCCGGUACAUACUUAUGCUGCAUUGCCUUUAUAAGCGCAACUCGUUGGGCUUCGCCGAGCACCGCUGGAUGGACGAUCCGUGGGCGACAGGUGGCGAGAGAAGCAUGGUGCAGCGAGUCGUCGACCAAGGCUUUAGACUCGCUGCAAUCCUGGAGCAGAUUGACGAUAGCGCACGGUGGCCGCAAGGUAUACACGACGCCCAGCGCCUCGUGCGAUACUGUGAUGAGGCUAUCCAGCACAUCGGCCUUCUCAAGCAGGAGUUGCGGGUCCAAGAAGGAUGGAGUCCGCUACUAGACACUGACGAUCCCAAUUCUUCUGACAAACCGCUCGGCGAGGACGUGACGAAUUGUCUGCUCCUAAGGCUGACAGCCAGCGCCAUCGAGCUGUCCCUGCAAGAGGCCGCGAGCGAAGCAUUUCGCAAAGCAAGAGAGAUUGUGCUCGACAGUGCAGCACUGAACGACGACAACGACGACACCGACGAGCGCGAUUUAAUCUCCUAUCAGCUCCAACUCAUCGAGGCCGAGGUCCCACCGCAAAGCCACCGCCUGGUCCUCGCGCAGGAGAUCGUGGACGAGUCGAAACUCGUUUUCCGAGGCUUCGACGGCAGCGCGAUGAUGAUGCGGCUCAUGUUUCCGCUCGACGCGGCGGCGAAGCAACUGAAGUACCAGCCGCGGUGCCCGCAGUAUCGGGAAUGCAACGAAUUGAUGCAAGGGCUGCAGGGGAGAGGGGGGGUAGGGGCUCCGAGACAACAUCCUGAACAGAGGACAUAUACGUAUAUGGGAAAAGCUAUGCAGCGGUCUGUGGGAGCGAUAAGUGUGCUUCAACGACGGCAAUGA